AUGAAUUUAUCUCUGUGGAAAGAGGCGCUAACUAACGCAAACCUAUUGAAAGAAUUCAAAGACGUACUUCAAGGUUUUAAAUACGGAUUCAAUCAAGGAAUCCCGGAUCACUUUUUAGGCAAUCUAUCGUGGUUCACACCAGAUAACCAUUUGUCAUCGUCAUUAGCAGCGGAAAAGAUCCGGGAGUCAAUGAAGAAAGAGAUAGAUGCUAAGAGGAUGUACGGACCUUUCACACAUGAAGAAGUGUUCGCACGUUUGGGAUUCUUCCGCUCAAGUCCCCUAGGAGCGGUGGUAAACGGAGACGGGUCCGUGAGGCCAAUCAAUGAUUUAUCUUUUCCACAUCACGACCCCGACUUCCCAUCUGUCAACUCGUUUGUCGAUAAAGACGACUUCAAAACUACAUGGGACGAUUUCAAUGUAGUGGCUUCUUUUUUCAAAGAACUAGAUAAACCAGUCAAACUAGCUUUGUUUGACUGGGAAAAGGCUUACAGGCAGAUACCCACUCACCCCUCACAAUGGAGAUAUCUGAUGGUGAAGGGUCUCGAUAAUCUGUUGUAUUUGGACACACGAAUAACUUUUGGAGGAGUCGCCGGCUGUGGUUCUUUCGGACGGCCAGCAGAUGCCUGGAAAUGUAUCAUGGAAAAAGAAUUCGAUCUCAUCAAGGUUUUUAGAUGGGUCGAUGAUAAUCUAUUCGUCAAAGAAAUAUCUUUGAAGACAGACAUGAAUCAAAUUAUAGCUAGGUCAAUAGACCUGGGGGUCCUGACAAAUGAAAAGAAAUGUUCUUCCUUUUCGGACGAACAGAAAUUCAUCGGCUUUGUGUGGAACGGCAAGGAGAAAACAGUAAAAUUACCGGAUCAGAAACUGGAACAGCAGAAACUGCAAAUCAAAGAAUUUCAAGACAAAACCAGAUCCUUUUCGUUCAAUGAAGUAGAAAUACUUACAGGGAGACUGAAUCACGUAUCAUACAUUUUACCACAAUUGAAAUGUUAUCUAAGAGGUCUAUACAGGUGGAUGCUUGACUGGUUCGAUUUAAAUGCGAAGAGAAAAACACCGGAAGACGUACUAGCAGAUUUGGAACAGUGGUCAUCGAUCCUAGAUUCUUUUCAACCAACCCGUCUGAUCAUGUCGUCAAACCCAAAAGAGAUAGGGUGGAUAGGGGACGCGUCUUCAAGUUUUGGAGUAGGAGUCCUAAUUGGGAAGUACUGGUCUCAGUUGCGGUUGCAACACAAGUGGUGGAACCUUGACAACAAUCGAGCGAUCGCUUGGUUGGAAACCGUAGCAAUCAGAGUUGGUUUACUCAUGCUGAUUAAUUUGAGGAGGCAACGGGAAGGGUCCAACGUAAUUGUUUGGACAGAUAACACCACAACUGAAUCAGUAUUAGAGAAGAGAAAAUCUAAAGAUACAGAAGUGAACGAGGAAUGGAAGUGGAAACAGCAAGAACUAAUUAAGAACGAGUUCGAUAUAACGGGUCGUCGAGUGACAUCGAAGAAUAAUAUCGCUGACGCUUUGUCGCGAGGGUUUGUGGGCAAUCUGAAAACAGAAAACAGGGUCCAUUUUCCGUUACCAGUAGAGUGGGAAGUUAAUUUAGAAUGUUUAACUGUGGCCCAUUUAAAUAAAAUAAAGGCUUUCAUUUCUAAAGGAACGUCACAUUACCCAGUCUCAGCUCUAAAUGCGCAUUUAUUAUCCGGCUGGAAAUGGAAUACUCUGAUUGGUUAUAACGCGGCUGUUAAAAAGUUCAUAUUCUUCAAAAAUCUAUCAGGACAACACGACUUUGUAUUACCGGCAACGAGUAAAGAUAUCAAAGACUUUUGUUUUUGGGCUGGUAGAAAUUUAUACUUAAACAACUCCUACAAAAUUUCGGCUAGUUCUAUUAAGAAGUACUUGUGCGGCAUCAAAGCUUGGCACACGUUUCACGAUACCCUUUAUCCAGAAAUAGCGGACAAGAGAAUCGAACUCCUAUUGAAGGCAUCAGCAAAAAUUGAUGCAACUAGACCUUUAAAACCAAAGAAGCCGGCUAUUAUGUUAAAACACCUCAUAUGGUUGUCAAACGUUUUAUUCCCAGGGGGGAAAGUAGAUAAGGCGAUAAUGGAUCUCUCGAUUGUCGCUUUCUGGGGGAUGGCGAGGGUUGGAGAAUUAACAUACGCAAAACCUUUUGGAACGCUAAACGCUCAGCUCUCCUUAUUAACAACGGAUGUUCGAAUAAUAAAGUCGGCCAUAGGAGAAAAGGCGAUUUUAUCAGUUCGCAAUGCGAAAACGGCCACGCCAGGGAACCCCCAACAGAUCAUUUUACAUAGCCUGAAAAAUAUGCUUUGUCCGGUUUUGGCAAUUAAACGACGAUUAGAAGAAGCCGAAGGCAAAGAAACUUCACUUUUUGGUUUCUACAGCGAAGGCACGAGGAAACACUUAACUCGAGCAAUCGCAGUCAAUAGGAUCCAAUUGGUUUUACGUUCCGGAGGUUUCGACGGACUUCUAGGUCAUUCGUUCAGAGUUGGUGGUGCCUCACUCCGAUUUGCCCUAGGCACUCCUGUCGAAGAAAUUUGUAUUUUAGGUAGAUGGGCAUCUAACUGUUACAAACUGUACAUCAGAGACUACAGUGAAUCAGAUGUGCUAGAGUCAAAAAAGAUUGUAGACGAGUUAAAUGAGUUGUGGGAGGAAGAUUGA